CCUGCCCACGUCGGAGCGCGCGGGCGCCGCGCGGUGGGCGUGGCCGGAGGCGCUCCGAGGGACGCGCCGGGCCCGGGGAGGAGGAGCGGGAUCGGCAGCGGGAUCGGCCCUUCCCCGCCGCCGGGGCGAGGCCGCAGCGGAGCGGGGCGGGGGGAGGCCGGGUCCGGCCCAUGGACCGUCCGUGCCCGACGCGGAGCCCGUGGAAGGAGCCGCUCGGCCGCGGGAGGCGGCGCGGGGCGGCUGAGAGCGGCUGAGCCCCGGGGCCUUCGCUUCGCCCCGUCCCGUCCGCGCCCCGCGCCCGCCGCCCGAGCGGCACCAUGUCGGCCAAGGUGCGGCUGAAGCGGCUGGAGCAGCUGGUGCUGGACGGGCCGCAGCGGCACGACAGCGUGCUGAGCGUGGAGACCCUGCUCGACCUCCUGGUCGGCGUCUACGCCGAGUGCAGCCGCGACUCGCCGCUCCGCCGCGACCGAUACGUGUCCGACUUCCUCGAGUGGGCAAAACCAUUUACAAAAUUGGUAAAGGAAAUGCAACUCCAUCGAGAUGACUUUGAAAUUAUAAAAGUGAUUGGAAGAGGUGCAUUUGGAGAGGUUGCAGUUGUUAAAAUGAAGUGUACGGAGCGCAUUUAUGCAAUGAAAAUUCUAAAUAAAUGGGAAAUGCUUAAAAGGGCCGAGACAGCUUGCUUCCGAGAGGAGAGAAAUGUCUUGGUGAAUGGAGAUUGUCAGUGGAUUACUACAUUGCACUAUGCCUUUCAAGAUGAGAACUAUUUGUAUCUGGUGAUGGACUACUAUGUUGGUGGUGACUUGCUGACACUUCUCAGUAAGUUUGAAGACAAGCUUCCUGAAGAUAUGGCUAGGUUCUACAUUGGUGAAAUGGUGCUUGCUAUACAUUCCAUACAUGAGCUGCAUUAUGUGCACAGGGACAUAAAGCCUGAUAAUGUUCUUUUGGACAUGAAUGGCCACAUACGACUGGCAGACUUUGGGUCUUGUCUGAAAAUGAGUGAAGAUGGCACAGUACAGUCAUCAGUAGCAGUGGGUACUCCUGACUACAUCUCUCCUGAGAUACUGCAAGCAAUGGAAGAUGGAAUGGGGAAAUAUGGGCCUGAGUGUGACUGGUGGUCACUGGGUGUCUGCAUGUAUGAAAUGCUGUAUGGUGAAACACCCUUCUAUGCAGAGUCACUCGUGGAAACCUAUGGGAAGAUUAUGAAUCAUGAAGAACGAUUUCAGUUCCCAUCCCAUGUUACAGAUGUAUCUGAAGAAGCAAAAGAUCUUAUUCAGAGACUUAUCUGCAGCAGGGAGCGCAGGCUGGGACAGAAUGGAAUAGAGGAUUUUAAGUCUCAUGCAUUUUUUGAAGGACUUAAUUGGGAUAACAUCCGAAACCUAGAAGCACCUUACAUUCCAGAAGUUAGCAGUCCUUCUGACACCUCGAACUUUGAUGUAGAUGAUGAUGUACUAAGAAAUCCAGAAGUGGUGCCACCAAGUUCUCAUACAGGCUUUUCUGGAUUGCAUUUGCCAUUCGUUGGGUUUACAUACACAACUGACAGCUCUUUAUCUGAUAGAGGCACUUUAAAGAGUGUGCUGCAGUCUGACACUGUAACCAAAGAUACGGAUGUACAGCGAGACUUAAAGAACACUUCACAAAUAGAAGGCUAUGAAAAGAAAAUACGGAAAUUAGAGCAAGAAAAGCAGGAUUUGAACAGAAAACUGCAAGAAUCUACACAGACAGUGCAGAACCUCCAAGGUCCAGUGUGUGUUACAGCAAAUACAAGCCGUGAUAAGGAGAUUAAAAAAUUGAAUGAAGAAAUUGAACGGUUGAAGAACAAAUUAACAGAUAUAAGUAAACUGGAAGCACAGCUUGCAGAUGCAGUGGCUUUUCGACAAGAGCAUGAAGACUCCAUACACAAGUUGAAAGGACUAGAAAAGCAGUGCAGAGUACUGAGGCAAGAAAAGGAGGACCUUCAUAAGCAACUUGUAGAAGCCUCAGAGAGAUUAAAGAUGCAGUCCAAAGAGCUGAGGGAUGCCCACCAACAAAGGAAGCUGGCUGUGCAGGAGUUCUCUGAGCUCAGCGAGAGGAUGGGGGACCUGCGCUCCCAAAAGCAGAAGCUGUCCCGGCAACUUCGCGACAAAGAGGAGGAGCUGGAAGUGAGCAUGCAGAGAAUCGAUGCGCUGCGCCAGGACGUCCGGAAAUCAGAGAAGAUGAGAAAAGAGCUGGAAGCCCAACUUGAAGAAGUCGUAGCAGAAGCAUCAAAAGAACGCAAGCUCCGUGAGCAUAGCGAGGUUUUCUCCAAACAACUGGAAAAUGAACUGGAAGCUCUAAAGUUGAAGCAGGGAGGCCGGGCAGCUGGUGCUACACUGGAACAUCAGCAGGAGCUUUCCAAAGUUAAGUCUGAGCUGGAAAAGAAAAUCUUAUUUUAUGAAGAGGAGUUGGUCCGACGAGAAGCGUCACAUGUUUUGGAAGUAAAAAAUGUGAAAAAGGAAGUACAUGAUUCAGAGAGCCAUCAGCUUGCACUCCAGAAAGAGAUCAUGAUACUAAAGGAUAAAUUAGAGAAAAUAAAGCGAGAGAGGCACAGUGAAAUGGAGGAAGCAGUCGGAACCAUGAAGGAGAAAUAUGAGCGUGAAAGAUCUAUGCUCUUGGAAGAUAACAAAAAACUAACAACAGAAAACGAGAGGCUCUGCUCCUUCGUGGACAAGCUAACAGCACAGAACAGACAGCUGGAAGAUGAGCUCCAAGAUCUAGCAGCAAAGAAGGAAUCUGUUGCUCACUGGGAAGCUCAGAUUGCAGAAAUCAUUCAAUGGGUAAGCGAUGAGAAGGAUGCUCGUGGCUAUCUCCAAGCAUUAGCUUCCAAGAUGACAGAAGAACUAGAAUCGCUGAGAAGUUCCAGUCUGGGGUCACGAACACUGGAUCCGCUUUGGAAAGUGCGCCGCAGUCAAAAGUUGGAUAUGUCAGCAAGGCUGGAAUUACAGUCAGCCCUUGAUGCAGAAAUUCGUGCCAAACAACUGGUUCAAGAAGAGCUACGGAAAGUUAAAGAUGCAAACAUCUCUUUUGAAAGUAAAUUAAAGGAAUCAGAAGCAAAAAAUAGAGAACUGUUGGAAGAGAUGGAAGGUUUGAAGAAAAAAAUGGAAGAAAAAUACAGAACAGAUUCAGGUCUCAAACUUCCAGACUUUCAAGAUUCCAUUUUUGACUAUUUCAACACCUCUCCUCUUGCACGUGAUUUGACUUUCAGAGAUUCUGUUUCUUCUUCGUCUACAUCUUCUCUGCUAGCCUUUUGGGAAGAAACCAGCUCUAUUAGUGAGCAGGAGAUGCAGGGUCCCAAGUCAGAGGUUUCACCAUCUACUUCAGUUGUAACUGCAGAGCAACAGCAAGAAUUUCUUGUGAUUCAGGAACCAAUUCGGCUUCAGAGGAUGCCUGCUGCUCCUUCCCCCACCAUUCAGUCCAUUUCUCUAGCUGUACCAAAGCCUAAAGCUCACCAGCUCAAUAUCAAGUCGUUCACAAGCCCCACUCAGUGUAGUCAUUGCACCUCUCUUAUGGUGGGAUUAGUUCGACAAGGUUAUGCCUGUGACGUGUGUUCAUUUGCAUGCCAUGUUUCCUGCAAGGAUAGUGCACCUCAGGUCUGCCCUAUACCCCCUGAACAAGCCAAAAGGCCUCUUGGAGUAGAUGUGCAAAGAGGAAUAGGAACAGCCUACAAAGGUUAUGUCAAGGUCCCAAAGCCUACAGGAGUUAAGAAAGGGUGGCAGAGGGCUUAUGCAGUUGUCUGUGACUGUAAACUGUUCUUAUAUGAUGUGCCUGAAGGAAAAUCCACCCAGCCUGGAGUUGUGGCAAGUCAAGUCUUGGAUCUCAGAGAUGAAGAUUUUUGUGUGAGCUCUGUCCUAGCGUCGGAUGUAAUACACGCAACUCGGAAAGACAUCCCGUGUAUAUUCAGGGUGACAGCUUCUCUCUUAGGUUUGCCUUCAAAGUCUUGUUCUCUACUGAUCCUGACGGAAAAUGAGAAUGAAAAGAGAAAGUGGGUUGGAAUCCUAGAAGGGUUGCAGUCUAUCCUGCACAAAAACAGGCUGAGGAACCAGGUUGUGCAUAUUCCACAAGAAGCCUAUGACAGUACCCUGCCUCUUAUUAAAGCAAGUUUAGCUGCUGCUAUUGUAGAUCGAGAUAGAAUAGCCAUUGGUUCAGAAGAAGGACUGUAUGUGAUAGAGGUGACCCGGGAUGUGAUAGUCCGAGCUGCUGACUGCAAGAAGGUGUACCAGAUAGAGCUUGCUCCCAAAGAAAAAAUCAUCAUCCUCAUCUGUGGUCGGAACCAUCACGUCCACCUUUACCCCUGGGCCUCUCUGGAUGGGUCAGAAGGGAACUUUGACAUUAAGCUUGCAGAAACUAAAGGCUGCCAAUUGAUUACAACUGGAACACUAAAGAAGAGUUCUUCUACUUGUUUGUUUGUGGCUGUCAAACGACAGGUUUUUUGCUAUGAAAUUCACAGAACUAAACCUUUCCACAAAAAAUUCAGUGAAAUUCAGGCUCCAGGAAUUGUACAGUGGAUGACAGUGUUCAAGGACAAGCUCUGUGUUGGCUACCAGUCUGGGUUCUCUCUGUUGACCAUCCAGGGAGAUGGACAAUCUAUAAACCUGGUAAAUCCUAAUGACCCCUCGCUUAUCUUCCUCUCACAGCAGUCUUUUGAUGCCCUUUGUGCUGUGGAGCUCAGUAAUGAGGAAUACCUGCUUUGCUUCAGCCAUAUGGGAGUUUACGUCGAUUCGCAAGGUCGAAGGUCACGCAUGCAGGAACUAAUGUGGCCUGCAACUCCUGUUGCCUGUAGUUGCAAUUCUUCAUAUGUAACAGUGUAUAGCGAGUACGGUGUUGAUGUGUUUGAUGUUAACACUAUGGAAUGGGUCCAGACUAUUGGCCUGCGAAGGAUCAGACCAUUAAACAUGGAUGGCACACUGAACCUCCUUAACUGUGAGCCACCAAGGUUAAUCUAUUUCAAGAACAAGUUUUCAGCAGGAGCUGGCCUCAGUGUACCAGAAACCUCUGACAACAGCAAGAAGCAAAUGCUCCGAACCAGGAGCAAAAGAAGAUUUGUAUUUAAGGUUCCCGAGGAAGAGCGGUUACAGCAAAGGCGGGAAAUGCUUAGAGACCCUGAGCUACGGUCAAAGAUGAUUUCUAACCCAACGAAUUUCAACCACGUGGCUCACAUGGGACCAGGAGAUGGAAUGCAGGUCCUCAUGGACCUCCCACUGGGUUUGUGUCUGUUACUGAAAAUAUGUGGAUGUGGUCAAAGUGUCCUACCUCCUGCCCAGGAUGAAAAAUCCUGUCAGUCUUCAGCCAACCUGUCACGGCAGCAGCAGCAGCAGAGAAACAAAACCUACAUCUCAUGGCCCUCGUCAAGUGGCAGUGAUGUGGGAGCAGCCAUGCCUUCCCGAAGUAUGUCCGACCCUGACCAGGAGUUUGACAAAGAGCCUGAUUCAGACUCCACCAAACACUCUACUCCAUCGAAUAGCUCAAAUCCAAGUGGUCCCCCAAGUCCCAACUCUCCUCAUAGGAACCAGCUGACGCUAGAUGGACUGGACCAGUCGACCUGUGACGCGUAACGCCACCGCCACUGCGGCUCCUGUCAUCCACUGCUCCACGGCGUUCAACAGCAGGGCAGCGCCGUCUCAGAUGCUAGUGCCAAGACUGACACAGACUCUCUAGUGUUGUACAAGAAUAAUUAUAUAUCCAGAUUGUAGAUACAAACUAUGGAAAUGAAGAAAAUUCUUUACUAAUAGCGAUUGGGCUUUUUAUGCAGAAUUGUUCACUGCUUGGUUACGGUUGAUUCCUUUCUGCACAGCUGUGACAGUUUUAUUGCAUAGGAGCAUUCAAGGCCACCGGUAAAUAGUCUUAUUCUUAUGGUGAAAGAGAAAUAGAGUUACUGAUAAUGUUGUUACAAUAUCAGGAAUAUUAUUUUUCUAUAGAAUGAUGUAAUGUCUGAUUAGCAGGAAAUCCUUUUAGACAGAAUUUGGACUUCUAAAUAGGAAAUGUGAGCAGGGCUAGUUACAUCCUCAGAUGAAUACACUUUUCCCUUUUUCCUGUAACUGUUUUUUUCCUAAAUCUUAAGGAGAAUGGUAGGAAGCUGUAGGUCGUUUCCAACAUCAGUAGAGUCACCAGGAAGUCAAAGAAAAGCUGGUUAUAGUUUUGUGGCCUUUUAAUUCAUUUAGCCAUUACAUAUACAGCUGAAUAACUGUCUUUCUGUCUUUCUACCAACUUUUUAGUCUUGUACAUAGGACUACUGACAGUUAUCUCUUUACCCAUUCCCUGCUUUUAGUCCUCAUCAGUCAUUAGUCAGGGCUUUUGAAAUACUGCUGUGAAAAAAAUUUUACUCCUAGUUCCUGCCUUUCUCCUCCUGAGAAGUUGUUUCUCCUGGGUUUUUGGUGUAAGGACACACUACGCUGUUUAGCUAGCAAGCCUUCUUGUGGACGCAUUGCCCUCUGAGUCUGCCUGACCCAGGGACUGUAUCGCACUAAACCAUCAGUCUGUUCAUUGGUUACCAAAGUGGAACAUGAAGGAUGUGUAACUGGGGGUGCUGCUUUUCUCAUUAAUUGUAUCCUCACCUGCAUGAAGACCCCAUGAUUAUUAAUCAAGUAUUGAUCAUGUAGAAAAAUGCACAACACACUCCUGUAUAUUUUGCGAUGGCCCAUGUGCGGUGAUGUUUUGCGUGUAUAUUUAAUCUCAUGCUUCCAUGUAUUAUACAUUUAGUACUCAAAGAUUUGUGACCAUGUUUCAUUAAAAGCUUGUAAUUAAUUCAGUGGCUGGCAUAUCCAGUUUGUCAUUGUCACACUAGUGUGCCUUCUGUGCCAAUUUUAUGACAGUUGGAUGUCACUUAUUUAAAAUUCAGUUUAAAUGGGCUAAUGAUAUACCAAUGGCUAAUGUUCUUUUCUGAAACACUGUAUAGGACGUGCACUUAUCUUUAGUUUAAACUGAGUGUUCUAGUCAACAUUUAAUCCUGUUACGUUAAGUGUUCGACAGUACUUGCUCUUUUUCUCAGAUUCUUGAUAAAGGGGCUCAGUUAGAGCUGGACACUACUGCUUUGGGGGUUUUCUGGUUUUUACUUUUUUAAUGUAAGUCUAAGUCUUUGUAAUUAUUGAAUUGUGAGAACAUUUUUGAACAAUUUACAUGUCAAUAAAGCAGAAGAGGGAGGUUUUAAAGUUUA